CUUGAAUUUCUUAUUACACGUGAGCCUCAAAACGUCUUAAUUCUUUUAUAGUUGCCGACAAAAUGAGUCCUAAAAGAGAUACCUGUGAGCUAGAUUUUUUACAAGAGACAAAUAUCGGUAACAAAACGUCUUACCUAUUAUAGAAUUGUUCUUAUUCUAGGUGUUUUUCGUAUAUAAGGUACAGGUUUUUUCUUCUUCUCCGCUUCUUUCUUGUUCUUUAGCUUCUUAUCUCUUAUAAUAAUCAAACAUGAAUAACUGGAAUUGUAAUAAUACUACAUCAUCAAAUAAUGUGUAUAUGGGUAGAGUACCUGAUCUGUCUCCAUACACCGCUGAUUGUUACUUUUCUCCACCUCUUUCAAAUCAGAAUGAUUUCUUAGACGCUCGUGUUUAUUCUAGAGAAGAUUGCUCUUCGGCUUGCUCAUCUUCUGUGUCUGAUACUUCCGAAUUGGAAUGUCAAACAUUUGAAGAUACAAUUAUCUAUGGUGGUAUCACUUCCGCAGCACCCACUGUCAACACCUCAUCAUUGGUUACUCCUCAGGCGCUUUAUCCUCAGCAGCUUUUGAUGCCUUUGUUGAUUCAACCUGAAACACAACAACAAGACAAGGUUUUAUCACACCCUUUCUAUAAUCAACAAAAUUUCUAUCAAGGUGUUAAUACUAUGGAAGUCUCAUAUUCUCUCAAUCCUUCUACCUCAUACUAUAUGACACCCAUCAUUUCAGCUGAAAGCGCCUUUCAAUCCUCAUUCGGAUACUAUCCGUAUGCUUCAUCCAGCAUGAGAACUACAUCUACUGGAAAUGAUGCUACAGGAUUCCAUCAACAAUAUCAUCAACAAGAAAACUACUCCUCAUUACAGCGUGUCAAAUACGAACAACAACAACAACAACAACAAGGAACCAAUUAUUUUCCAUCUAAACAAGCAAACAAUUACCAUCACCUGAAUAAGAACAGUAGCAAUCAUAUUUUCCCAUGCACUGAACCCAACUGUAACAAAUUCUUUACAAGACCUUACAAUCUUAAAUCGCACAUGAGAACGCAUACACAUGAGCGGCCUUAUAGCUGUAAUUACAAGCCCUGUAACUGGAAAUUCGCAAGACCUCACGACUUAAAGCGACACGAACUUCAACACAGUGGGUUGAAACCUCACGGAUGCAACUUUUGCCAUCGAAGCUUUGCUAGAAGCGAUGCGUUGAAAAGACACUGGAAAGUAGAUGCUACUUGCUCUCAAGCUUUACAACAGGAUUUGUUAAAUGGUGGCCAAGAAUCUUCUAAUUCAUCUAAGAGAAAGAGAUCAGCCACCACCACCACUAAACGUUAGAUGAUGUGCGCGUGCAAUUGUGGCGACUUUUGUAUCAUAACUGUACUUUUCCCUUUUAUUACUAUUAUCUAUCGUUUGUUUAUUUUAUAUAUAUAUACCCUUCUUUUUCUUUAUAUCACUACAAAAAAAACUAAAAAAAAUAAAAUACCCUUUAAAAACAUAAAAAAAAA